GUGUAAUGGAAAAAUCAUCGUGGUCUUGUCCAAGAACUAUGAGAAAUCUGACGAAUGCCUCUUCCUGACCUACUUUGCCAGAACCCUGGACCCAGAUUCUAAAAACAGAAACAUUAUUCCAGUGAUGAUCGACAAGAAUGUGACAAUCCCGAAUGUCCUCAAGGGAUUGUCGAUCAUCAAGUAUAAUUAUGACUUUCGAUGUGGGUGGCUGAGGAAAAAACUGAUCAACGCCAUUGCUGCAUGA